GCAGGAUUCGCAGGGAAGUAAUACUGGCCGAUGCAUGCGAGGGGUGGACAUCCGUGAAAAAAAGAAGAAAACAAUAAGGAAUUAGAUAUUAGAGUCGGCUGUCAUGCGAGAACGGGCGCAACGGCGAGCGCCGGUCGUGCGCGACCGGUUCGGCGGCCGAUCGCCGACCCGCGGCGCGCUCCGAUUUUGAUCGGCGUGACUGUCAACCUAACCUAACCUAAUCCUAACCUCUCCGCGCGAGAGCGCCAAGGGCGGAAAAAGUUUCUCCAGGCAGCGUGAAAAAUGUGAUUUCUCGCGCUCACGCGACCCGCCGCGAGUCUCGCGUUUACCGCGUGGACACCGGGGAGAGAGGAAGAAGGGCGAGCGCGCGGACGAGCGAUGGAGAACUACUCCGUGCGCAUCAAUUAUCCGCAGGCCACCCGUGGCGAUGGCGAGACCGAGCCGCCCGCGUUCCUCGACGGCCAGCCGAAGCAGCACGCGGAGGCGCACGCCAGCAGGAAGCGGGAGGAUGUGAUCGUCCUGACGAGCGACACGAAGGGCGGCCUGUUCAAUCCCCGUGCCCUCCUCUUUCUCACCCUGUGGUACGUCUUCAGCGGGUGCACGCUGUUUCUAAACAAAUACAUACUGUCCUACAUGGAGGGCGACCCCACGAUCCUGGGUGCUUGCCAAAUGUUGAUGACCGCGAUAUGCGGACUGAUACAGAUGUACUUUCCCUGCGGUAUGUACAAAGCCAGUCCAAGAUUGAUGAGACCACCGGGAUUUUACAAGCACAUGACACUGGUAGGCUGCACGAGGUUCGCCACGGUGGUCUUAGGUCUAGUAUCAUUGAAUUAUGUAGCUGUAAGUUUCACCGAAACCAUAAAAAGUAGCGCACCUCUUUUCACCGUCCUCAUCAGCAGGUAUUUAUUAGGGGAACAUACAGGAUUAUAUGUAAAUCUAUCGUUGAUACCUGUAAUGGGUGGAUUGGCACUGUGUUCCAUCAAUGAAAUCAGUUUCGAUCUUAGAGGGUUCAUCGCCGCUAUGGCCACAAACGUAACGGAAUGUUUGCAGAACGUCUACUCGAAGAUGUUGAUCAGCGGUGACAAUUUUAAAUAUACACCAGCGGAAUUACAAUUUUAUACCAGCCUAGCGUCAAUUGUCGUACAAAUACCGGUGUCGAUACUGUUGGUCGAUCUACCUACCCUGGAGCAUUCCCUGAGUUUUAAGUUAUUCGCGGCAUUCCUUCUUAACGGAGUAUUCUUCCAUUUUCAAAGUAUUACCGCUUACGUACUUAUGGACUAUAUCAGUCCCGUGACACACAGUGUUGCCAAUACCGCAAAGAGAGCCUUCCUGAUAUGGCUCUCCGUUCUAUUGUUUAACAAUCCCGUGACGGGACUGUCGGCGCUCGGCACCUCCUGCGUCAUAGUGGGGGUGCUGCUGUACAAUCGGGCGCAGGAAUACGACAGGAUAAACAGAACGAAGUUACGAUAUUCGUCGAAGAUCAAUUUGCAAUAGGACAAUUUUCCAGUCUCUGCAAAAGAUUUCACGGGUGUGUUACGGGAGGAGAAACAUGUGUCCGCUGCACCAAACGUUAUUGCAUUGGUAGUACAAAAUGAUACCCAGUUUCUUGUACAGUGUUCUGUUCGAUGGAGACGUAAGUCAGUAAAUAUUUUUAAGAUUCAGACGAGGGGCAAUCGAUGGAAAAUACCUUUUUCAAGCUUAAUGAUUGUCAGGAAAUUUUUGUGAUCCAUUAAGAGCAAUUAGUUUUUUUUUCUUCGUUCGCAAUCUGUAAUAUAUAACGUUAGUAAUUAAAAUAUCACUAUGAAGUAUAAAGUUUUUUUUUCUUCGUUCGCAAUUUGUAAUAUAUAACGUUAGUAAUUAAAAUAUCACUAUAAAGUACAAUUUAUAGUAUGACGUAUAAUUUAUAUAAUUUAUAUUUCUGAUCUUGAAACUACAUUUAUUUGUACGUUCUUACGAAUUUACAAAUGCCUGACAGAUAUGGUAAACUAUAAAAGAAAUCGAGACGAUCACAUGUGUCAAAAAGUAUCUGAUUGCUGUAUUAUACAAGUGUUCCUAAUGUAAAUGUGAGAAUUGUGGAAUGUAUAAAAGAGUUUUAUAUAAGAAUAAAAUUUCUUUAUAUAUCUGA